AUUGCCUCAUUGGCCAGAGAGAGGGCGGGACUUCCAUUAACACGGAACUACCGAUGGUGGUAUAUCCGUUUCGGAUAUCUCUUUUUCAAAUGUAUUGACAAAAAUCCAUAUUAACUGUACAUGUUCUUUGCAGUUGAUGUUCUUGGUAUGUUCAUAUCUUUCUCCCUCUUGGAAAGACGUUGUAUCCGGUGCCGCAGACACACUCAUGGGAAGGUCAGAACAGGAAACGGCGUUGCGGUAGACCACUAUAAAGCUUAAACACAGGAUCCUCUCUCAGCCUGCGCUGUGGUGCAGGUGGCCACUUUCGUCCCUGGCAGUCGAACCCGUUCCACCUAUGUGGAUCUCCCAGAUGAUUGCCUCAUCCAAUCAAAAGUUUGUCGAGGAUCACAUGACUGAAUGCUUGCGAUCUGGGCUGGUUUGACGUUUCCUCCCAAGGCUUUGCCCCAUAGUUGUGUCGCCAACUUGCAAAGUCGACCUAGGAACCAUGGAAUGGUGAUAACUUCAGAGGAGGUGUUAGGCUGCCAUGAAGGGACUGUUUACCCCGCCGUGCCUCCUCCUCUUCCUCCUCCUCCUCCUCCUCCUCCCGGUCUCCUCUGCCACCUCCUUCUGGGCCAAGGAGAAGCCCAACAUCGUCCUCAUGAUGGUGGACGACCUGGGCAUCGGAGACCUGGGUUGCUACGGAAACAACACCAUUAGCACCCCUCACAUAGACCGUCUGGCCCAGAUGGGGGUGAGGCUCACCCAGCACCUGGCCGCCGCCCCGCUCUGCACCCCCAGCCGGGCCGCCUUCCUGACCGGGAGGUACCCCGUGCGCUCCGGUAUGGUCGGACUGGGCAGAGUGGGAGCCUACAUCUUCUCCGCCUCCUCCGGAGGUCUUCCCAGCAACGAGGUGACCUUCGCCAAACUGGCCCAAGGUCAGGGCUACAACACAGCUCUGAUAGAGGGAGUCCGGUUAACACUCAGCUCUGAAGCGGUCAAGGGGAUGCCGCGGUUUCGACAUACUGGUUGCGGCCCUCGCCUGCGGGUUUUACACCUCGAGACAGCGCGAGGCCGCACCACCGAACAUAUAGGAAAGUGGCACCUGGGUCUGAACUGCGAGCAUGCCGGGGACCACUGCCACCACCCCGCAAAUCACGGCUUCGACCUCUUCUACGGCACGCCCAUGACGCACCUGCGGGACUGCAUCGCGGGCCAUGGCUCUGUCUUCGCCCAGGUGUGGCCGUACGUCCGAUACGUGGUCGCCGCCUCGUUCUGGACAGCCGUCCUUUGCUUCGCCUGCCUGCCCGCCCCGUUCGGAGGCUGGCGGGUGGGGCUGGGACUGCUGCUGAUCGGGGCCGCCACGGCCGGCCUGUACCUCGUGUUCGACCACCUCAUCGGCGCGCUGAACUGCGUCCUGAUGCGGGACCAGCAGGUGGUCGAGAAGCCCUACGUCAGCGAGGACCUGACCGCACGCAUGACCUGGGAGGCGGUGGACUUCAUGGAGCGUAACUCGGGGAAGCCCUUCCUCCUCUUCCUAUCCUUCCUCCAGGUGCACACGGCCCUCUUUGCCACGCCCACUUUAAGGGAGUCCGGCCCCCACGGUAUCUAUGGCGACGCCGUCCGAGAGGUGGACUGGGCUGUGGGGUUCGUCGUGGACACACUGGAGAGGCUGAACCUGAGGGGCAACACGCUGGUGUACCUGACUUCGGACCAGGGCGCCCACCUGGAGGAGGUCUCGGACCAGGGCGAGGUCCACCAUGGCUCCAACGGCGUCUACAAGGCGGGUAAAUCCACUAACUGGGAGGGGGGGAUCCGGGUCCCGGGGAUCCUCAGCCUGCCUGGGCUGCUCCCCCGGGGGCGGGUGGUGGACCAGCCCACCUCCCACAUGGACCUGCUCCCCACCCUGACCACGCUGAUGGGGGCGCCCCUGCCACAUGACAGGCAGCUGGACGGCCACGACCUCAUGCCGCUGUUGCUGGGUCGGGCGACGCGGUCUAGCCACGAGUUCCUCUUUCACUACUGCAACGCCCACCUCAACGCCGUCCGCUGGCACCCGCCAAACUCGGACGCGGCCUGGAAGGCCUUCUACUUCACACCCGUCUUCACCCCCCCCGGUGGCGAGUCAUGCACCGACACCCUGGUGUGCCUCUGCCACGCUCCCUACGUCACCCACCACGACCCCCCGCUGCUCUACGACCUCUCCCGCGACCCCUCCGAGGCCACGCCCCUCACCCCCACCACGGAGCCGCGGUUCGCCGUCAUCAUGGCGGCGAUGGCGGCGGCGGUGGAGCGCCACCUGGCCUCUCUGGAGCCGGCGGACGACCAGAUGGCCCUGGGCCACGUCCUCUGGAAACCCUGGCUGCAGCCGUCCUGCCCGGCCCGGGGGGGCUCCGGGGGCGGUCUGUUCUGCCGGGAGGAACGCCACAGAGUUCAGAAGGCCACAGACUGGAGCGUGGGCUAAAUGACGUGGUUUUAACGAUAACUGAAAUAAAACGAUGGAUAUGACGUUUUUGUGGCAAUAGUGUAAACGAGAGCAGUUCAUUCACCCAUUCAUACACACAUUCAUUCACCCAUUCAUACACACGGUUUCUCAUCGGUACCCUUCCCCCUCUUUCCUAAAACUCUACCUAUGGUGUCGAAAAAGGAAAACACUUGGCAAGGGGGUUCACUUCUGUUUUAAAAUACAUUUAAAAUCUCUGUAGAGCCGUUUGUCCCUCCUGGGUUACUGUAGAAACAUGGCCUCAGGGGUAGAAGCACUCCCUUCCCACACAGAUACAAAGGAGUCUGAAACAAGGUAAGAAUUAAUAUUAUAUUCCAUUUAUUAUAAUCAAUUACAUUCAGUUUUUUAAGGUGCUGUUCGCUCAAUUCUGUUUGAGGUUUGCUGCCCCCGGCCAGCCAUUGGUCCGUUGAGCUGUCCGUCACACUCUUUGAUCCGGAUCAAGACCAAAAAUCGGUCAAUCGGCACUUGAGCAGCGCCCCCCUGGUUGUCCAUGCCCCCAAACGGUUUGAGUCUCUAGUAAUGAGGGAGUUUUGAGCUCAUUAACGCUAGCUUGUUAGUACAGCCAUCCCUCCUUCUUCAGGAAGCGGAGGGUGUCCUCCUCACCCUGUUGGCAUAGCGACCGCAUCCGAGCGAGGGGGGGCGGGAACAGGGCCUGGUUCAGCCUCACAAUGUUGUCCAAUGAGAGCUGAGGGGGGGGGGACAGAAGAGGAGGAAGUGGUCAGAGGCGAUCGUGAUCCGCUUUUCCGAGAGUCAACGUGCGUCAGAAUGUCGGUCGUCGUGUUUCGUUUUGGUGUUAGUCGUGGUAUGGUCGUCACCGUCGUCAUGGCAAAGUUUGUUGAGGUUCUCUCUCUCUCUCUCUCUCUCUCACCAGGAUGUUCAUGUUGGCAUGCCGGAAG